CCAAUGCGUUACACAAGUACACUCUACAGUCUACUCAUAUGUUUUUCUUGCUAAAAAUGAUUGUUGCUAUUUUUGACAAAUCUUUUUGUUUAUUUUUUCUGGGGUUUUUGAGUAAAGGUCGAUCUGGGUUCUUCAGUUCUUCUGCUUUGAUUUUCUAGAUUUCGACUUGGUCCUUUCCUAGUGAUACUGUUUGCUUUCUUUAAUGUUUUUGUAGUCGAUGAAAUUGUGGGGAAAUUGACUUUUAAUGUUUUAGCAACUCCACGGAAAGUUUGACCAAACAUUAUGAAUCUUUCAGCUUUUUGAUUCAGUUGAUUUAUUUUGAACUUUCGUCUUUUUGGUAUAUUCCAUGGAUGAAAUGCUCGGCAGAAUAUAUUGAACAAAUAAGAAAGAGAUGAAAGAAGAGUCAUCAGGGUUGAUAAUUGGAAUAUCAAUAGGGGUAGUGAUUGGAGUGGUUUUGGCUGUAGUUUCAUUCUUUUGUUUUAGGUAUCAUAGGAAGCGUUCGCAGAUAGUAAAUAGCAGUUCUAGGAGGGCUACAACCAUCCCAAUCCAUGCAAAUGGGGCUGAUUCUUGUACAAUAAUGUCGGACUCAUCUUUAGGGACCGAGUCACCCCGGUCAAGUACUCAGAAUGGCAUGUCCUUGUGGCUCGGGAGAAUUAAGAAGGCCAGUGUUGUUUCUGCAUCUGGGAUACUGGAAUACUCUUACAAGGACCUGCAAAAAGCGACCUUUAAUUUUACCACAUUAAUAGGUCAAGGGGCAUUUGGUCCUGUUUACAAAGCUCAGAUGUCAACUGGUGAGACUGUUGCUGUUAAAGUGCUUGCAACUGAUUCUAAGCAGGGGGAGAAAGAGUUCCAAACAGAGGUUAUGUUAUUAGGUAGGUUACAUCACAGAAAUCUUGUGAAUUUGGUCGGAUAUUGUGCAGAGAAGAACCAGCAUAUGCUUAUAUAUGUCUUCAUGAGCAGAGGAAAUCUGGCAUCUCAUUUGUACAAUGAAAAACAGGAACCAUUGAACUGGGAACUUAGGGUUAAAAUAGCUCUUGAUGUGGCUAGGGGCUUGGAAUAUCUUCAUGAUGGGGUAAGAUUUGCUGUUCCUCCCGUGAUACACCGAGACAUCAAAUCAUCCAAUAUUUUGUUGGAUCAGUUUAUGAGAGCCAGGGUAGCUGAUUUUGGGCUUUCAAGGGAAGAGAUGGUUAGCAAACAUGCAUCUAAUAUUCGAGGAACUUUUGGAUAUUUGGACCCUGAAUACAUAUCAACGCGCUCAUACACGAAGAAAAGUGAUGUUUAUAGCUAUGGGGUGUUGCUGUUUGAACUUAUUGCGGGAAGAAAUCCACUCCAGGGUCUCAUGGAGCAUGUCGAACUAGCAGCGAUGAAUACUGAAGGAAAAGUUGGAUGGGAAGAAAUUGUAGACCCUCGUCUUGAUGGGACAUUCGAUGACCUAGAACUCAAUGAGGUGGCUGCUCUUGCAUACAAAUGUGUCAAUUGUAUCCCAAGAAGAAGGCCAUCAAUGAGGGAUACUGUGCAGAUGCUCUCUCGAAUUCUUAAAUCUAGGCACAAUAGGAAACAUAAAAAUGAUUCCUCAAAUGCUAGAUCAGAUGAGAUAUCUAUCAACAUGGACCAAUUAGGACACCAAAGUCCAAUUCCUGAACACCAUCGAGUAGAGUCCGUGGACAGUACAGCUGAUUCAGUUGAUGUAUAAAUAAUAAUUUUUUGAUUCAUUUAUUUGUUAUUUUGCGACUUCUUUCACCUUUUGAUCUGUAACAUAUGUUGAGCUCCAAAUAGAACCAUAGUCGAGUCUUCUCAUCAUAAUUUCAAUGUAAAAUAACAGUUUUCUUGUAUUUUGUCUUUGAUUUUUCGAAUAUGUUACAUGUUGUGGAUGAUAUGGAAUAUAAAUGAAGCAAAAGGUAGCCUUUGAAUGGCACAUUUUCACCA